UAUCCAACCAAGGCAUUGGCUCCACUUAUGUUGGAGGAUUAUAGGAAAGUAUUGGUUGAACGAAGGGGUGAGGAGGAACAAUUUACUUCUGAUCACAUAAUGCAAUGCAUGAAAAAAGUUAUAGCAGUUGAUCUAAAGCAGACUAUUCAGGUUGAUAAAGAUCUUCAAAUCCGUGCAUAUUAUGCAGGACAUGUUCUUGGAGCUGCAUUGUUUUAUGCAAAGGCGGGAGAUAGUGCUAUAUUGUACACAGGAGACUACAAUAUGACACCAGAUAGACAUCUUGGAGCAGCUCAAGUUGAUCGACUAGAUUUGGACCUCGUUAUAACAGAGUCAACGUAUGCAACAACUAUACGUGAGUCAAAGUACGUUCGGGAAAGAGAAUUUCUUAAAGCU